GGGAACGACUUCCCACCCGGCCCGAUUCAUGGGCAUUCGGUGGCUGGCGCCGUCGCCGGCUCGCCGCCUCCAUGCAGCUCGAAACGCCGCCGCCUCCGGCCGCCCGGCGCGCCCCAACUUUCCAGGCCAACCCCGCCGCCGACGCGAGGCAGCUCCUGGGUGCGCUCCUGCCGCCGCGCCCCGCGCUCCGCCACGUCCUGCAGGCGCACGCCCGCCUCGCCGUCCUCGGCCUCGCCACCGCGCGCGCCCUCCCGCAGCUCCUCGCCGCCCUCCCGCGCCUCCCGCCCGGCGGCUCCGACGCCUCCUACUCCUACCCGCUCUCCCUCUUCCGUGGCUCCAGCUCCACCUCCGCCUUCGCGUCCAACCACCUCCUCCGCGUGCUCCCGCACCCGCUCCCGCUCAGCCUCUUCCCGCGCCUCCCGCGCCGCAACCCCCACUCCUUCACCUUCCUCCUCGCCUCGCUCUCCAACUACCUUGACGCGGGCCACACCGUGGGCGCCUCCGCCUCCCACUUCCUGGGCUCCCACGUGCACGCGCUGGCCAUGAAGGCUGGCGCCGCGGACGACCUCUACGUGCGGAACGCGCUGAUCCACUUCUACGGCGUCUGCGGUGACGUGGCGGCGAUGAGGAGGGUGUUCGACGAGCUACCGCUCGUGCGGGACGUGGUGACGUGGAAUGCCGUCCUUGCUGGCUAUGUGCGAGCGGGCAUGGUGGGGUAUGCGCGAGAGGUGUUCGAUGCAAUGCCAGUGAGGGAUGAGGUUUCUUGGAGCACUGUGGUGGGUGGGUAUGUGAAGGAAGGGGAUCUGGAGGUGGCACUGGGAAUUUUCAGGAACAUGGUGGUGCAUGGGGUGAAGGCAAAUGAGGCAGCUAUAGUGACGGCACUGUCGGCAGCUGCACAGCUGGGGCUGCUUGAGCAAGGGAGGUUUGUGCAUGAGAUGGUCAAGAGAGCAGGAAUGCCAGUGAGCGUGAAUGUUGGCGCUGCACUGGUGGAUAUGUAUUCCAAGUGCGGAAGCAUAGCAGCAGCAAGGGAAGUUUUCGAUGCCAUGCCGAAGAGGGAUGUGUUUGCUUGGAACUCCAUGAUCUGCGGACUUGCUGCUCAUGGACUGGGGCAUGACGCAGUUGAGCUCUUUGAGAAGUUUGUCACUGAGGGGUUUUGCCCGACAAGCAUCACAUUUGUGGGGGUGCUGAAUGCCUGCAGCCGCACUGGGCUUGUUGAUAAAGGACGGCGGUAUUUCAGGCUGAUGUCACAGAAAUACGGUAUUGAGUCAGAGAUGGAGCAUUAUGGAUGCAUGGUUGAUCUUCUGAGCCGCGCUGGUCUUGUUCAGGAAGCCGUUGAAUUGAUCGAAGGGAUGCGCAUUGCACCUGACCCAGUUCUCUGGGGCACAAUACUAUCAGGCUGCAAGAGACAUGGCCUUGUGGAUUUGGGCAUAACUGUCGGUAAUAAGCUAAUUGAACUGGAGCCUGCUCAUGAUGGACACUAUGUCCUCCUUGCAAGUAUAUAUGCGACAGCAAAGAAAUGGGAUGAAGUCAGGAAGGUUAGGAAAUUAAUGUCUAAUCGUGGCACCAACAAGUCAGCUGGCUGGAGCAUGAUGGAGGCACAUGGAAUCGUGCACAGGUUUCUAGUUGGGGACAUGGAUCACAAGGAUUCUGUACAGAUAUAUAACAUGCUUGGCAUGAUUGACAGAAGGUUGGCUGAGGCAGGGUAUGUACCAGACGUGUCAUCAGUAUUGCAUGACAUCGGGCAUGAAGAGAAGGUUCAUGCCAUUAAGGUGCACAGCGAGCGACUCGCAAUUGCUUACGGGUUCAUUGUUGUUGAAGCUGGCAGCCCAAUCCGUAUUGUCAAGAACCUUAGUGUGUGUGGUGAUUGUCAUGAAUUCAGCAAGAUGGUGACAAAGGUUUUUAGCAGGGAAAUUAUUGUGAGGGAUGGUAGUAGGUUUCAUCAUAUGAAAGAUGGGAAGUGUUCUUGCCAUGAUUAUUGGUGAUUAAUCAUUCAAUCUGUUCUGGACUAUAACUGAUGUUAGGACCAGCUGCAGCCUCUGAAGAAAUGGGGGAAAUCAGCAAGUGGCUAAUGUUAGGAUCACAAGGAGAAGCUAGAUAUGAUCUAAUAUGUGGUAAAAAUAUACUUAGUGGAGCAAGAAGUUUUAUUGUAGUAGCUUACAGCUGACAGUUUAAGCAAGCAAGCUUAUGCUGUUCAGAAUUCUUCAUCGAGAGGCAUGAUCUGGUUCAAUAAUAAUUUCAAGCAGCUGAACACAAAUAUCAAGAAGCUGUGUUUUUGUAAGUGAAUUGAUGAUUUAAGAUUUAACAAUACCCCCCAUUUGGCAAAGGUUCGCAAUGUGCUUUAUCUUUUAUGGUAAUACUCAAGACAACGGUUCAAAAAUGUGUGAUGAAGUUGGGUCAUUUCUAUGGAUACAUCAAAGGAACAUCUUGAAAGCAGUGCGACUUUUACACAUAUUGAGGGUCUGAGUGUUUGACCAUCCACAGACCGCAUGUCAUCCUUGCAUAAAUUAUACUGCCACCUAGUGAUGAAGGAUAAGCAAGGGAAUAUUUGCUGGAAAGCAACGAUGAUUCUGAGAUAGGGCAGGUCGAUUUUGGCUGUGUAUCUGGUAUUCUUCUUGAUUCGCUGCUAGAGCAUGGAAGUGUUCUUGAAGAGAUUAUCACUGCUGGCAUUGCUCGAAAAGGCCUCAUAGGAGAAGCAGAGAAUUGCUGUUUGCAGCACCUUCAGCAGAAGCUGAGCAAGAAAUCAUCGACACAGACAAGUGUUCACUUUGACCAGCUGUGCUCUAUAUAUGAUGGAUCAACACAAGUGACAUAGAUUCUCACUUAUAUGGAUUUGAUAUUGGUUAUAAUCUUGAGGGAGCUGAGGUUUCCUGCCGGGCGAAAUGUUUGUUUUUUUCCCUUUCCUUUGAGAAAUUAUAUUUCUGUGUUUCUCCAGCAGCUCUUAAUUGGGUAGGUGCUUCUGAAUUUACCUAGGAACAAGGAAUGCAAACUAGCAUAGGCAAUAUCAAGA